AUGGUACAUUCUCUGCUAAUAGGUGAAUGUUACGCUGGAAGCAGCUCGUCGGAUAAAUAUGACAGUUAUGGCCCAGGACGGUGCAAAGAUUGCGUUGGGACGGACAUGAACGACUGCAAUGGGAGAAAGUUUUGUGCAGGGAAGGAAUGGCGUAACAUGGUGUACAAGAUUGUCGGUAGGCAUCAAUCAUACAGGGUACAGUAGAAUAGUGUGAGACUAUUAAGAGACGAAGCACGUCUGAAAGUUUAGUUGUCCCGGAUACAGUUUUAUGAAGUUGACUGAGCGCUGAUUGGUGGAGAAUAGUUAGAGGAGUGGAAUGCCGGAUUGGGAUGUACUGGAAUGGGGAUUGGGGACCAGUGCAAAUAAGUCCAUUCAUACGCCAUAGAGCAUUCUGAGUGUAGUUUCUAAAAUGGAGUAGAUUUGACAGUCAGUAGUGUCACGUGUGCGUAAAUCAAUACAGAGGAAGAAUAAGGCAUUGAAGGAUAUAAUAGGAAAAGUAAAUUUAGGUGUAGUAGACUGUUAGAGUGGAAUUGAAUCGACUGCAGUGGGUUAGAUUGCAUCGAAGUGAAUUGGGUAAGUGCGAGUAAAGGGGAAUGAGUUGUUGCGUUCAUAGCGAAAAGUGAAAAGGAAUCAAUCAGUCGCAGAGUAUUGCUCUGUUGUACAGUGCAGUAGGUAUGGUAAGAGUGGAGAGUUCGUGUUGAGUAGAGUAAAGAGGAGUAGAACGGAACAGAAGGGAAAGGAAUCCAAGGAUUUUUUUCUGUGAGGUGCUUUACAAUGAGAAGGACUCCAACUUGAGGCAUUGCAAUGCAGAGCAGUAAACGAGGAAAGAAGAUUCUGGUAAAAUUGAUGACUUGGGUCUAAGUGUGAUGCAGCCCAGUAUGGGGAAUUGCAACAUGUGGCAUUGCAAUACAGCGCAGCGAACGAGGUAGAUUUUAUUUCGGAUAUAAUGGAUUCAGUUUUUUGAGCGGUGAAUCCGCUUUACGCUCAAAAUGGCGUGAGAUUCAGGCGACGCGGCUUUCAUUUCAAAGGUGUAUAGUUUUAGGUACUCUUGUACAUUGUUGUACGGGUACUUAACAAACCAAUUGUUAAACUAUUUAUUCAGAUUUAUGCAGUGUCCGCUUUGAGCGAAUCGGCUGCUUUCAUGAUAACAAAGAAGCUCCACGCCUCCUGCCAUCAUACUUGUUAAAUGACAGAGAUGAGAAUUUGCCCAACUUCAGCGGUCAGCUGAUUGACUGGGAAAACUGGUACGAGUAUCUUCCUGAUCUUGUUUGCCGCUGCGCAGAGAAGGCGAAGGAAAAAGGCUGGAAACUGUUUGGAAUUCAGUUUUGGGGUGAGAUAAUUAUUCAACCUGUUUAACCAGUUGUCGAGGGCAUUGGGACUAAGGCCCUUGUGUAACUCAGCUACAAAGAAAAUACUGGCAAAGCAAUGCAACAAAUUUAAAUGUUACCGUAGUACCUUCAUUUGCGCUUGCGUCCUUCAUAAAAACGAAGAACAACACUUCGGAAAGCGCAUGAUUUUCUUGGGAAACGAAGAUAGACGACUGCAGCACCUAAAAGACACAAGUCCACUUCCUCAUGAUGCUAUUUCUUAGCAAUCACAGAUUACAAAUUUGAAAUCAUGACAACCACAGUUUACUUAUUCGUUCGCGCCAACAAUUCAUAAUCAAUCUUUAAGCAGUUCAUUCGAAUUAAAUUUGCGAUAUCAUGAUAUCACUGAAGGUGUUCACGUAGAUCAAAAGAAGGCUUUAAAGCCAGAAAAAUAAUUUCGUGGUGUAUUCCAUCACGAAACUGUGAAAAUGCUGUGGUCUUAAUGAAGAAUUGUACAAAUGCGUGAAGCGCCCCCUUUCUAUGAAUUCGAUUGACAACUGUUCUUGGUCAGUGAUGCUUUGAUCAGUUUUGUUAUUUUAUUACCUAUACCCAGGUGAAUGCUGGGGUGGUCCUGAUGAUUCAGCGUUCUAUGUUGAAGGGCAUGCUCAACCUAGUGGAUGUGCAGACCAGUGCUCUAAUGACUGCGCCUGCUCGAAAAGAUUUUGUGCAGGAAAGACAUUUACCAAUGCUGUAUAUGUCAUCAGUGAGUAUAACAAGGCUGACAGUUUCUGAUGCAACUCAGGGUGUCCGAUCACUUUUGACCUGCUUGGUUAAAAACCUUGUUUCCUCACUUCAUAACCUCAAUUACUCAAUUACCAAUUCAAAAGUAUAUAGCACUUCUUUUGUUACUCUUAUAUAUCGGGAGUCAGGAUUGUUUCUGUUGCACGUAACUGCCUCAUAAAACUUAUCAAUGAUUCCCGAGAAUUUUACCACUGAACAUUUGAUACUAUGUUAAAACAAAAUUAUGUAGUUGAUAGUUUUUGUUGUUGUUCUCGUCACGUGGCUUACUGCUUAACAUUUGCUUGGUAAUGAUCUGGGCUGGGGGAAACUCUCGUACUAAUGCAUGGCAUCCUGUCUUAUCAUUCAUAUACUUUGGAAAUUUAUCGUUUGUCUCAUAGCGGAACACAUUGAUGAAGGAAGCGCUAUGGCUUUGGGUGGCUACCUUGUGGGGUAGCUUAUCGCAGAGACCAAAGAACCCAACCAACUCAGAAGGAUUGAACAAGAAUUGUAGAUUAAAUGAAACUCAGUGAACACGAAAUGUAGGAUAAAUAAGAAUACUCAGUGAAAAAUGAAAUCUAAGAAACAUUAACUGGUAGUCUGCGUUCUACUUGUGUUAUGUAUGCCAAUAUGAAGCAAUCUGGGCGAAAUGUUCUGUAAAACCAGCACAAGUUGAUUCAUAUAAUUAAACCAAUAUUUCAGUCCCGUAUUACCGAAGGCGACUCUGCUUCAAGUGUAGUUACGUACUGUUUUUUAGGUAGGAAAACAGAACGACUGAGAAAGGGGUGACAUCCAGAUAAUAUCCAGUAACAAUGGCUUGAUAAUAAAACUAGAAGGCACCAGAAAUUUCUAUUGUGUCUUUUCUAACCUUUUAUGAUCACUUCCUUCAAAAGAAUAUUAUUCUACUUCAUUCACUGGUAUGGAUAAAAAGUGUGAGACAAAUCAUAAGAUACACGAAUCGUGAUUGAAUACCAGACAUUUAGUAAGCUUCACCAUGUAAAGGAUCUACUGCCAGCAGUUUACCUCGAUCUCGAUAAGGUCUGCUUCUAAGCAUGAAAAGCUAACAACAAUGGCUGAGGAAAGCAGUCAGAGGUUUCAUGAUCAGAUAAUUUGGUUUCCACAAUUAUCAACUGAGUCGAUGAUACGAAUCGACCACCUUAAAGAGUUUCUUAAGCUGCAGUUUCGAGCGUUAGUCGUUUGUUCGCCCAUCGUGAUGACGAAAGGCUAACGCUCGAAACGUCACAUUAUAAAUUCGGAUGAUAAACAAAAUUAUCUUGUGACAGUCUCACACACGCAACACUAGUUUCUUCGGAAACUUACUCUAUUUAUUCAUAAAUAUUUCAUGAUUAGUUCAUUUACCAUAAUGACGAAAGAGAAUGCUAUCAAAGGUGCAAACAAAUGUUGGAAGAAAGGAAAGAAAGGCAAGAAACGAUUAAAUCCGACUCACUUAACAGAAAAAAGUAUAAUUUCUGUUUUACCGAUUUGAAGCUAAGACGAGUACAGUUUAUGCAAGCGGCGCGAUUUUAUUUCACAUGAAAAUUUUAGGGUUAAACAAGGGCGAACGAGCUCAUUUAAAUAAACGAUUGACUGGUUUGAUUGGGAAAGUGUUGGAUAAGUUUGAUGCUAGUCAAUGAUUCGCCAAACAAAGAUUCCUUGGCUUUUUUUUCUUUUCUUUUUCGAAAAUAAAAUAAUUUGUUCCAUCUGUCCUUUAAAUGUUAAGUUGUAAUUGAUACUGUAACUUAAGAUUAAAUUCAUUUUCAUCAAUGCCAUCUGACAAACAUUUGCUAAUUAACCAAGUUUUCCUUAUUGCUCCACUUACACGAAUAUUCACUUGAUUAAAUUUUACAUUUACCAGUGAGGUCAGAAACAAUAAAACAUGGGAAAGUUUACCAAAAAAACAUAUUGCUCUAGCUGUGUUUAAAUUUAUUAUACCCUAGGUGUUCCCUCCAAAACUGUUCUAAGUAUCAAUAUUCUUCAGAGUACAAACAGACGGAGAUUUCUGCGAGAAGGGUCAAGGUAAGGAUCCGAAGCUCUCCGCUUGCUUCUCAGUUGUCAGGCCUUAUUAGAGAAAUGACACAAGGAAAAAGUAUAUAGCACACAAUUAAAUUGUUUUAGAGUCAGUUUGUUGUAAAGCGGUUGGUACAUGUUCUACGAAUAUAUGCAUUCAUUCGGCUACAAUCUUACUUUGACUUUUUUCUAGUGUUACGAGAGGAAAAUGGUAAAUUCUGCGUUAGUCUUCAUACUGGCGAUUUCUCUAACGCUGAUAAAAGGUAAGAAAAACUUGCCCCCUUUGAAACCAGUCUCGCGAAAAAUGGGAAAACUUCUUUGGGGAAAGAGAAUUGUUACAGGAUUUCCAAAGUGCAUUUCUAGUCGAAAAAUAAUGUCGGGAACUUAAGCAAAGAGAAAAUAUAAUGCGAGAACGUAUUUGAGAGACAUGUUAUGAACUAAUUAAUAUAUAUGAUUGUCCUUUGCUUUACAGUCAACUAAGCGGCCACAAGACUCAUUCAAGCCUGUUAGUGGCUAUCAUUGAUUCCAUUCCUCUGCUUCCUUUACAAAGAGGGGAGGGGGGGAGGGAAGCAGGAAGUAGGGAAGGUUAUGGUAUUGAGAACGCUCGCCUCUCACCAAUAUCUAGGGCAGUGGGUUCUACGCCACUCCAGAGGUGGCGUUAUCGGGUAAUUCUCAAUUAACUGCCGAAAGAAUUCCGUAAUACUUUCACUUUGGUAUCGCCGCCUCGACCGGUAUUUGAUUGAUUGAGGGAGUGAUGCAGGCUUCCUACACUAAUAAGAUAGCUAAGGUAAAUAAAACCAACGCAUUCUAGUAUUACUUUCUGCAUUCUUUAAUCUUAAAAAUGUGCUUCACCCCAUCUAUUACUCGUGACGCGGCAAUGUGCAGCGUCUAAUCUUUGCCAGGAUCCAAAAGACUGUCAAGUGUCUUUUAAACCAUUGGGAUGCUUCAAAGACAAAAGCCACGCACGUACUCUUCCUCAUUAUAUCUAUAAUGAGCGCGACGACUCCAUAGCCAAUUAUGGCGGGCAAAAGAUCGACUGGAAUGACUGGGAAAACUAUCUACCAGGGUUCAUCUGCCGCUGUGCCAAGAAAGCAAAAGAUCUGGGUUAUGACCUGUUUGGAGUGCAGCAUUUUGGUAAGUAUUAGGGGUAGUUAGUCGAAGCGGCUUCACUAUACUAUUGAGACCAGGAUGAGCUCUGAUAUGAUUUACAUACUAGCUCUAAGCAUGCUUUGAAUUUGUUUAAGUAGUAUCCCUCGGUAUUGAUAUCUUAUUAGGGAAUGUUACAUGACCUACCAAUAGGUGAAUGUUACGCUGGAAGCAGCUCGUCGGAUCAAUAUAACAGGUAUGGCCCGGGACGGUGCAAAGAUUGCGUUGGGACGGACAUGAACGACUGCAAUGGGAGAAAGUUUUGUGCAGGGAAGGAAUGGCGUAACAUGGUGUACAAGAUUGUCGGUAGGCAUCAAUGAUAAAUCAUAUUGGGUACAGUAGAAUAUUGUGAGAGUACUAAGAGUAGGAACAGUGGUAAUAAUAAGGGUAGUGAGGGUUUAAGUUCAAUGGAAUUAAGUCAAAGAUGUAAAGUGAAUGCAACACAUCUGAAAGUUUUCAGUAGUUGACCCGGAUACAAGUGAAUGAGGGCGAGCAGUGAUUAGUGAAGAACAGUGAAAGGAGUGGAAAGAAAUGAAGAAAAAAAUGGAAUGGGAGAAAAUGAAAUGGGUGUGGGGACAAGUGCAAAACAUUGCAUCCAUAUGCAGUAAAGUAUACCUGGUGUGGUUUGUGUGACGUAGAGGAUAAAAGGGGAUAGGAACAGAGUCAGCAGAGUAUGGAAUGGAAGGAACUAAACACAGAGAAAGAGGAUGGAAUUGUAGGAGAAGAUUUAGUAAUGAUAGAGUAAAAUUAUCGAAGUAAAUGGGGUAGUUGCAGGCGUAGGGUAGCGAAUUUCUGUGGCAUCAGAGGUGCUAGCGUAAAGGAACUGAUUCCUGAUAGUAAUAUUUGUGAAUUCGUGUAGAGAGGAGUGAAUUGGAGUAGUAUGAAAUGGAAAGGAAAAGAAUUCAAGGAUUUCAGUGUGAUGCCUUUGAGUGGGGGGAAUUGCAAUUUGUCAGCAUGGCGUUACAACUCAAUAGAUAAGGUAGUUUGGUAAAAUAAUAUAAUGUUUUAAUGAAGGGAACCAUUAAAAGCUCAGUGAAGUGAGGUGGCUUUAUUUGUACGGCGUGAAGUUUUAUAUGUUCUUCUGUAGUUUUGUAUAAGCCUAUUAACACACAUUGUGAAACGGAUUUAUUUAGAUUUAUGCAGUGUUCGUUUUGAGCGAAUCGGCUGCUUUCAUGAUAACAAAGUAGCUCCACGCCUCCUGCCAUUAUACCUGUUAAAUGACAGAGAUGAGAACUUGCCCAACUUCAGCGGUCACCUGAUUGGCUGGGAAAACUGGUACGAGUAUCUCCCUGAUCUUGUUUGCCGCUGCGCAAAGAAAACGAAGGAAAAAGGCUGGAAACUGUUUGGAAUUCAGUUUUGGGGUGAGAUAUUUAUUCAAUAUGUUUCCUCACUUGUAGAGGGUCUUCGGACGCAGAGAAUUGAGGUCCUGUUGUUCUCUUAUGAAUCAAAUGAUCCCAUUAUAAACUUAGCCACAAGAAAAAUCUUGCUGAGUUAGUCCAACAACUUUACAAAUUGCGUAAGUACCUUAUUUUGAGCAUGCGUCCUUCAUACAGCAGUUUAAGGAACACAAAUUUCCACAGCUUAUGUCUUAUUGAAACAGAAGAAAGAAAAUCGCAGCUUUUGUGUUAAGCAAAUACAAUUCCCUUAGAUAUAAAUCUUCAACAAUCACACAUUGCAACAGCCAUAAUAUCAUCAGCUUGUACUUAUUCGAAUGCACUCACGAUUCAGUUGAUCACUCUUCGUGCAUUUACUUAACUUUAAUGUGCAAUAUGUCGUCUUAAGAGUGCUCACGUCAACUAAGGGAAGGCUGUCGAACUGACGGAACAGAGAGUUCGUUCCACACACUUUCAUGAAUGCAGUAAAUAGCAAAAUAAAUAAAGUUCUGCCUUUUUUCAUUUAAAUAACUGCUCAUGAGUCACUUCUAUCAUAUAUUUUGUGCCCUUAACUCAGGUGAAUGCUGGAGUGGCCCUGAUGACUCAGCGUUCUAUAUUGAAGGGCAUGCUCAGCCUGGUAGAUGCGAAGACCAGUGCUUUAAUGACUGCGCCUGCUCGACCAGAUUUUGUGCAGGAAAGAACUUUACCAAUGCUGUAUAUGCUAUCAGUAAGUAAAACAUGAGUUGACGAGUAACGGUGAGAAUUCGUUUUUGCUUCAAAACUAGUAUUUUCUUUUCGUCACAUUGCGGCCUGCAUAAAAACUGUCAGGUAUUGAUCUGAAAAGGGAAAAAAACUCUUGUAUGAGGGGGAAAGGUAUGUUGAUCGAACAUUUUGAACUAAAACCCUACUUAAGAGUCAAAUCAACAUUAUUUAUGACCAAUAAUUACUGUGAAGCAAAUAUCCAAGUGAGAGGCUAGAGGGUAGAGGGUAUCUAAACUGUCUCAACUUAUCGUCUCGGACCAUCUUUUAACUGAAUACACUUUACAAAUUAAAGCUGUGCAUCCUUUCUUAUCAUUCAUAAACUUUGAUACUGUAUUGUUUGUCCCGUAGCGGAACAACGUAUCGAUGAAGGAAGCGCUAUGCCGGACAAGGUCAACAUUCUGGGGUAGUUAUUCGCAGGAAUCAAGGAACCCAACAAACUAAGAGGAUUGAACGACAACGAAAACAUAUUUAAUUCAGUGAAAAAGAAACUAGAUGACAUAAAUAUAAAAUCCAAAAAACAAAUAUUCUCUGGUGGUCUCUAUUUUGCUUGUGUUAAAUAUAUAUAUAUAUAUAUAUAUAUAUAUAUAUAUAUAGGAAGUCUGCAAGUCGAUUUUCGCGUGGAACAGUGCUCAAUACGUUGAAGCAGAGCAGAAUAAAUAUUAUGAGAGGAAAAAAGGGCGCAACUACAUUUCCCGACAAGCCUGUUUCGUGAAUCGCACCCCUGAAGAGUGAAGCAAUUCACGAAAAAAUAAACGCGCUCAACGCAUCUUAACAUGAGAAAGGUUUUGCUACUAGGAAUGCAAACGACGUAAUAUACGUCCCAUGGGACUCUAAGAGUUUUGCACAUGCACAGGAACACAUUUCUGAUUAAAUAAAUGAUUGAUGUGAUUAAAAGAGAGGUGAACAAUUUAACCCUUAACACCCUAACAUCAAUAUUCAUAUUCUCCAUACUGUGCUCUGGACAUUUCCUGAGGUGCUGACAAGGAGAAUUUGUUUAACAAUCAAGAGUUUCUUUAGUUGAUCAUUUCCUUUAUUCUCAUAACAUUAAUGCGUGAUUCAGGGAUGAUAUUGUAAGGAGAAAUUAGAUACUAGUCACUCUUAGGGGUUACAGGGUUAAUGGACAAUGAUUUAACAAGGUCAAUCACUCACAAAACAAAGAGGUUCUCGUUUCCGCACGUGUGCUCUUUUUUUCCUGACAAAAAAUUGAUGAGUCAUUUCUUGAUAGUUAUAAAUCUAUUUUGUAAGAAGUUCAUUAUGAAUUGCAACCCUAUUCAGUCACAAUUACACUGAACGGUUUACAUACGCGACGACGUGGGGUCGAGGAUAAAAAUUUCCUGAAAUUGUUUCCUAUAUGCAUGUCCUCUAAGUUCAUGGCUGAUACUGUAAAUUCAUUUUGAAUUUAUUUUCAUCAAUUCCAUCUGACAAACAUAUGUUAAUCAAAUUAACCGAGUCUUUCUUAUUGCUCAACUUGCACGAGUGUUCCCUUGAUUAAAUUUUGCAUUUACCAGUGAGGUCAGAAACAAUCAGACAUGGGAAAUUCUAUAAAGAAACAUAUUGCUCUAGCUGUGCUUGAAUCUAUUCAGCCCUCAGUGUUCCUUUCAAAACUGUUAGAAAUAAUUGUAAUUGACAAGUCAAGCCAUACUAAAGAAUAAAGUUGUCACUAUAGAGUACAAACAGAGAUCAAACUUGAACAGCUACUAGCGAAUUUCCCAAAGCGGCUGGGUUCUUUACCAACAGUGUCUUUGAGACCUUGCUCGGUGAGUAGAAAUUGACUUUCUGCUUUUUGUUGUAUUAUAAUUUACAUUUUAAUUACAUUUACAAUCUCUGCACUUAUUCUGAAAUUUUCCCAUAUACAAUUGUAAACGAAUUAUAUUCUUUCAGACUGAGAUAGGUCACGGAAACUUUAGCAGUCCAGAGUGAUCACGGAAAAGUAUACGUACGUCAAAUCUAUUUGAGGCAUUGGUGCAUUUCAAAAUUUUUUGUUUUUGUUUUGAGGAACAGAGGAAAUGGAUGAAACUCUUUCCUAGAUCACGAUAAUGAUCAGCCAACGUCUUUCCUAUACAGAUAGAAUUAUUUCCUUACGUAAAAGAACGUUUCUUUUACAAUCCAUGUCCAUGUUUGAUCGUAUGAAAAUAAUGCGGAUUAUCCCAGGAGUGACGUUAAAGUAAUAUUUUUUACAUUUACUAAGUGGUAAAAUAGCGAGGUACUCCACGAAAGGCGAACCAAAAGAAAUGAAAAACCCGGAGUAUUUUUUUCUUGUGUAUUAAGCUUCAUGAUUCCUAUAAAUAUCAAGAUGGUAUGGGAGCAUUUUGACUUCCACGCAAAUAUUCCUUGGACUAAAGUUUUACCUUUUCUAACAUAGAGACUUUCUGGCACUACGAGACGAAAAUGGAAAAUUUCGUGUUAGUCUUGGUAUUGGCAGUUUCCCUCACGUUGGUAAGAGGUAAGAAAAACUUUCCAUCGCUCGUUUUAUUUCGGACCUGCGGAAUAAAAUAAAGAAAAGCAAUGAACCUCGCCGGUGAGCUGGAAGCAAUUGCACAAAACAAAUCUGAAGAAAAAUUCAGCCUUCGAAGGGAUUCGAACCCAGGCCUUCCAAGUUGGGUACUAUCACUAACUGAGCUACUAUGUAACGCAUUGCAAUCAACUUAUUGACCUAACAAUGAUCAAUUUAUUCCUAGCUAAUGCCGACCCGUGUCACUGUGACACCACAUUCGAACCGGCGAGAUGUUACAAAGAUCGCACUGAUCAACGCCUGCUUCAAAAUUAUAUCUUAAACGAGAGAGACCCAACAUUAAGCAACUAUCGAGGAAAAUCAAUCGAGUGGACAAAUUGGCAAAACUACUUACCAGAAUUCAUCUGCCGCUGCGCGAAUGAAGCCAAACUUCUUGGAUUCGACGUUUUCGGUAUCCAAUUUUAUGGUAAGGAAUUCUUUGCUUCCAUACCUUCGCAUCAACAGCAUUUGUGCUGCAUUCUAUACGAAAGCUUUACACCCGUAUAUGCGAAUUUCACACACUUAGAGAUUAUGAAGUAAGCUCAUAUUAAAACCAACAAUCAUCGUUAUCAUCAUUUUUUCGUCAGCAUAUCGUCCGCAUGAUGUGCGAUAUUUCUUUGAUACUAGUUGGUACGAUCCUGGGCUACCUUGGACGGAAGUGCUCUGAUAUUAGGAAGUCACCUUAAUUAGUAUGAAAACUAAUAGAGUUCAAUUAGUGUCAUGGAUCAAGUUCAUAGCAUUGAUACACAAAGAUAGUAUAUCUUACUAUUAAAGGUGAGUGUUGGGCGGAUAAACUGUCAGUCCUGAGACAGAAAGGAUGGAUCUCCCGGGAACUAGCAGAGCCAAGCGACUGCGUGGAUGGUCAGUUUCAACCUUGUAGCAACACGAAGUACUGCAGUGGAAUUCGCCACAGAAUGAUGGUCUACCAUAUUGUUGGUGAGAACAACCCCGUAUCUUAUGGUCAUUCUCUACUGUUGUUUUAUUCAUAGUUACCACACACAACUUGUGUGUAGGUGAAGCGCACCCCAUAAAAACAGACGAUUUUCUUUCUCAUCUCUAGAAAGGAAAACUGUUACUUCAUGCAAGGGAGCACGUGUACCAAUUUGUUCUUUUUCCUAAUUAAUAACUCAGAACAACACUUGGUACAGAGUAAUAAAAGGCAAACGGCCAAAAGGUGAAUGUGGUCAGCACUAGUUAUAGUGAAUAAAAUCAUACCUUAGCGAGUAUGGGGACCCUCCCCCCAUUCCCCCCCCCUCCCCUCCCCUUCGUUCCCGCUGGAUUAAAAAUAAUAGAGGGUCGGCACGUUUUGAAAAACAAGUCAGGUUCAAGAAAGUUUGAUUACAAUAUUAACGCAUGUUCUGUUUCAAAGAAAGAGUCUUAACUGAAAAUACAAUUCUUCCAUUGGCAAUAGCCAAAUUUGAAAUCUUGUUUACCGCAAAGCCCUCUAUGGGUUAAAUGGCAUGCUAAUGCGACCAAAUUCAAACAAAAACCCAGUUAACGACCCAUAUUUUGUAAUUUACUUAUCAGUGAUCUCUUUCAACAGACAUGUGUGACAUUCAUAUCGAGAAACUCGGUUGUUACAGAAUGAGAUUCCAAAGUCAACCCUUCCUACCUGAGUACGUCCUCAAUGACAGAGAUCCCAAGGCGCAAAAGACCUGGAGCGGGAUACGCAUAGACUGGCCUAACUGGUAUAAGCAUUUGCCAGACUUUGUUUGCCGCUGUGCACAAAGAAUCAAGCAAAAAGGAUACGGAUGGAAGAUCUUUGGCAUCAGAAACUGGGGUUGGAAUUGAGUAUUAGCGUUUCUAUAAUUUCCCUUUUGGGUACUUAGGAAAGCGAAAUUCCUCAUAAACUCAUGAAACUGCACCGAUCUCCUUCUAAUUACCGUCAAGGUGGCCUCCAGGCUAUCUGGAAUUGUGGAAUUAGCACAUCUUACCGUAGUUAAACAAUCCACAGCAACACCUAAGGUUAUCAUUUAUGAUUAAAAUUGAAAGCUUGAUUCUUAUGCUGGAUUUUAAUUUUCUUUCAUGCAGGGGAAUGCUGGAGCGGUAAUACCACAUCUGACACCUUUCUUCUUCAGAUGGUGGCCAACGUAGGCGAAUGCAAGAACCAAUGUUUCAAAGAUUGCAAACACGAUGAUCCAUUUUGCACAGGAACAGAUAACUCUAAUGCCGUUUAUGCAAUUGGUAAUGGCUAA